AUCCAUAUAACUAAUAUAUGUAUAUUUUUUUGUUGCAUAUGAUGAAAACCUUAAGCGUAAGGUUAUUAGUUUUCUAAUCAAAACAAUCCUAGCACUAGGUGUUUUUUUUUUUUUAAUAAAUAAAGUAUAAUAAUUAAAAUUUAAAUUAAAUAUUGAUAAACCUCUCCAACAUUCUUUCUUGAGUUUUUUUGUCGAUAAGUUUUCCUCCCUAUUCCAAUUGUAAAGCUUUAGCUGCUAAACCUAUUUUAGCUCGUUGCGAAAUGGCAAAGCUUCACCGAAAUUUAAACAAGUUGCAAGUAUAAAAGCGGGCCGGGGAAAGCACCAAAUUAAUUUCAAUUCAAGCCAUUCCACAAUGACAACCUCAACAUCUACCGAAGAAGCAAUAGCAACUCCCAACUCCGCAUAUGCAGACUUGGAAAUGCGACUUGAGACAUAUAUGCGAAGGGUUUUCUGCAUUUAUAAGCCAAAAACCGAAGCCAGAAAUGAGUACGAUUCCAAGGAUGUGGAGUAUUUCGGAAUUCUCAGUCUAACCGAUGUUCGAGCUCCCCGCCGGAAGCUGUGGUACAUGUACUAUGCGACAAUGGAUCAGUUGGACAACACAGUAGAUCGGAUCCACCGCAAAUAUGGCCAAAAGAAUAUGUACGAGCUGUUCCGAAAGCCAGUUUACACGGGAGCCGGUAUGCGAUCCCGGGUUAAGAAUCACUUUUCCGGCCUUAAAUGGUACGUCAAGGGAAAUAUCUUAGAAGCGCCUCCCAGUAGCUGUUACAAUGAUGAGAAGGUGGUAAACACAGUCGCGGAUCUGUAUGAGACCGAGAAACGGAAGUACUACGAUUACUUGAUGCUGAGAAAUGACCAUUUUAAGUCAUAUAAUUACAUAUAUAUAAAUGCAUAAUU